GUGGAACAACGAUGACCGCGAACGUGGGGAGGAGGGAGCAGGCCACAUACCGUUGUUCAAGCAAAGCAGCAUGGGAGGGAGGGGCGGGAAGACGAGGGCGUGUGGUCGCAAUGGUCGUCGGGGGAAAUUAGCGGUGGGGAAGGGGAGCGAUGCCGAAGCUGACGCUGAUGCAGAAGGAGGUCGUCAGUUCUGGUCUGUGGAUGACAUGAUAGCCCUCAUCCGGGCUAAAAGUGACCAGGACGCACAUCUGCAGGGGAUGGGUACCGCGUUCGCUCGUAUGAAGCCACGAGAAUGGAAGUGGUUGGAUGCGGAGCAGAGGUUGAAGAAGGUGGGCGUCGACAGAGAAGCAGAACGGUGCAGUAAGAAGUGGGACAAUUUGAUGCAGCAGUUCAAGAAAGUGCAUCACUUCCAAGGCUUGUCCGGGAAACAAGACUUCUUCCGAUUCUCUGGGAAAGAGAGGUUGUCAAAGGGCUUCAACUUCAACAUGGACCGUGCGGUUUACGAUGAGAUCCUGGGGUCGACCACCAAGAGCCACACCAUAAACCCGAAGAACGUCGCCGACACUGGUGCUCCAGGUGGUGUGCGUCUGCCGUCCGCCGCUUCUGCGGAUCAUGAAUCCGUGGGCGAUGGGGACGCUGCUGCAAGGCACGACGACGACGACGACGGGUCGACGAGAGGUUCUUCUCAGACGACGAGAAGCCCUGCCGGUUUCGGCAAGAGGAAGAGCACGAGGCAGCAAACUUUCGAAGCGCUGACGGAAUGCAUGGAGAAGCACGGGCUCUGGUGGCGUCGACGAUUGAGAGCAACAACAAGCGGCAGUGCUCCAUCCAAAUCCGGUAGCGCGAGGCGUUGGAAGCAGAGGUCAAAGUGCAAAAAAAAAAACUACGCAGCGUCUGACGAAGUUAGCAAACUGAUGUGUCACGCUCUGCUGGAGAUAGCGAAGGCCAUCCGCGAGCGUUAGAGUUUGUGUCGCCUCUGUUGUGCGCCUCGUCGCUUCCAUCGUCUGCACGACGCG